GAUUGGUCGUUCUGUGGCCAAUCGGGAGGCUCGUUACAGCCGCAGCGGAGAGUCUGUUUGUAAGGAGGAAUGGCGACGGUCGCUGGAGCUCUGAAGUGAAGUCCUCCGCCGGAUCUGACCACUGAGCGCCGGGAAAGCGCCGCUGUAGAGUUUCAGUGUACAUCUGCUAACAAUGGAUGGUUCUCUGGUAAACUCUGCAAUACCGCUGGCGUCACAAACGGUGGUUUCUCCUGUUACUCAAACCUCCAGCAACUUGAGUAGGAGACCUCGAGACAAACGGAAGACUCCUGCAUUUCUGUCAAACUUGGGCAAGGCUACGUUAAGAGGCAUCCGCAAGUGCCCACAGUGUGGCGUUUACAACGGCACCCGUGGCCUCAGCUGCAAGAACAAGGCCUGUGGAACCGUCUUCAGGAAUGGGGACCAUGGGACUGGACGUUUAAAAAAAGGGGCAUGUGAAGUGGUUCAAGUAGUAACAGACAGUGAAGGUGGCAGGGCCGGAGGGCCGCAAGUGUUCUCUGUGCGUCAGCGGGGACGUGGCUCUGAACAACGAGGCUUUGUUGAGUUAGUCCUCACAGAUACAGCUAUUACUACCGCAGAUGGAACCCUGCUGACCCGUGUCAACCUCGGUCGCUGUUACAUGCCCUCUUGUCAGCAAAAUGAAAGCGAGUCAACAGUUGAAGGUGGCCAUCAGCAAGUAACACAGCCACCCAAAAGUCCCUGUACCCAUGUGAAGCAAGCUAUGGAGUGUCAGAUCCAAGCAACCCCUCUCCCGCUCAAGAGCUCUGUCCUGGAGGCCCUGGUGGCCACUUCCCAGGCCAAAGAAGAGUUGUGGAGGCUGGCUACAGAGACACCGGGACCUCUAGUGCAGAGGGUUUCUAAAGGGACCCUAAUAGUGAAGUGCCAACCAGGUGAAGCCCACCCUCUGGGACUGCUGCAUCUGACGGUGGGCUUAUCUGGUGUUAAAGACAAGACUGUGGGUGCGGCUCCCUUUCAAUGUGCAUGUUAUAUACCUAAUACCAAGGGGGAUUUGGGGGCAAGAAGUGGGGGUCAGUCUAAUAUCAACGAUGGAGAAAAUUCCCACCAGCAUAAUUUACCUGAGCACUGCCUCCAUUUCUAUGCUUGCGUUUGUGCCUUCACAAGUGAUGAGAAGCUGGCCUCUGAGUUUUCCGCUUUCCUCAACUACAACAUGAAUGGACUGCAGGAGCGGGCAGAUGCCACAACACUCAGUAUACCUGAGACUCAGCAGCACAUUGAGCCUUCCAUCUCUCAUCGUCCCAAAAGACUCAAAUUUGUGGAGUCCUCUACUGCUUCCUUUGUGUCCUCCACGUCUCUUCUGGCUGUCAAAGACACUUCUGCUCCCACCCUAAACCAGCGCAAGCCCACUCACAGAAAACACUUCAAUACUACUGGGCUUAAAAACCCAGGAAGCAGCCAGCCGGUGGAUGAGACACAUGUGUCACUGGGUUUUCAGCAGUGGUUGGCCAGUGUUACUGAGAGGAUCCAUCAGACGAUGCACUUCCAGUUUGAUGGAAAGCCAGAGCCGCUGGUGUUCCACAUCCCGCAGGCUUUCUUCAAUGCCUUACAGCAGCGUUUAUCAUUGGGCUCAAAGAAGAGAAGACUUCCCAACUACACCACCACUUUUGUGCGUAAUGACACUUUGCCUCUGGGCUCUUUCUCUAAAUAUACCUGGCACAUUACCAACCUGAUGCAUGUGAAACGCAUCUUUGAUACCCCAGAGUUACCGCUAGAACUCACUCAGAGUUUUGUGAAGAACAGUGAUGGCUCCUAUUCACCAUACCGCUGUCGGGAAACCCCUCCUGAUCCUGGAUCAGACAGCUGCCACCAUUCACGCACCAGUAAGCCUCUGGCCAUCAGACCACUGGAGCUACGUACCUUCCUCAGAGUGGGGACAUGUGCUGCUGAGCAGACAGAGCCUGUGCCCUUUGUGAUUGAAUGGAUCCCAGACAUCCUUCCGCACUCACAGGUGGGAGAACUGAGGAUCCGGUUUGAGUACGGCCAUCAGCUGGGAAAUAAACCAGAGCACUGCAAGAGCUCUGCUGGGACUGACAGAACUGAACAAACAAUGCCAUCCCACACCAGUGAAGACCCCCUGUAGAAAAGCCUCAAGACCCUGGCUCAUGAAAUUGUCAUGCAAUUCGACAAUUACAUUUUUUCAGCUGGUCAUAAUAUACCCUUGUAAGAAAAAAAAUAAGGUGCUACUCAGGAAAAGAUUCAUUGUCAGAAACAGGUUUAAAGUUUGCAAUACAGCACCGGACGUACAGAUGUAAAAUAUGUAUAAUAUACUUGUACAAAAAAAAAACAGUGUGAACAUAUGUUUUGUGCUGUACAGUAAGAUCGAUUCCUCCAUUUCUUGUUUUCAGAAAUCAUGUACAUUAAUUUUGUUUUUGUGUUUACGUGUAAAAGCAGAGAAACAGAGGGUAUUGAGAGAACGCUGUAUUCAGACUGAUGAACUAAAAAUAAAAAUAUUAAAAGCCACACAUGUAACCCACUCACUCUACAACAGAUUUUCUUAAUGAGGAUAAUGUACAAUGGAAUUGUACAUCAAAUGAGAUUUUAGUAAAUAAGCAUUAACGAGUCUACAUUCUCCAAGCGAGGUCCUGCCCUUUUAAUCUGGGGGUAGUUGUGGCCUAAUGGUUAGAGUAGAGAGAAUCAUUGUCCACACAUGAAAGUGUUACUAUGAAGCAUUUAGCAUCUCCUUAUAAUGAGUGAGUGACACUGCUGUGUGUCUGCACUUAUUAGAUAGGUUAAAGUGAAAAAAGUGACGUGACAUACAGCCAAGUAUGGUGACCCAUACUCAGAAUUCGUGCUCUGCUUUUAACCCAUCCAAAGUGCACACACACAGCAGUGAACACACACACACCGUGAACACACACCCGGAGCAGUGGGCAGCCAUUUAUUCUGCGGCGCACGGGAAGCAGUUGGCGGUUCGGUGCCUUGCUCAAGGGCACCUCAGUCAUGGUAUUGCCAGUCUGAGACUCGAACCCACAACCUUAGGGUUAGGAGUCAAACUCUCUAACUACUAGACCACAACUAAACACAGAGCACAAAUUCUGAGUAUGGGUUUCCAUACUUCGCCACGCCACUUACGCCCCAUCAAGAAGCCUGUGGUCGGUAGAAGCUUGUGGUAUUGUCACAGAGAUGCACAAAAUUACUUUCCAGAACAUUAUUGUUCACCGUUACUUGCUGGUGGAAUGAUCUUUCCACCCCCAUCCAGAAUGCAGAAUCACUGAAAAUAUUAAGAAGACAGCUGAAAACUCAUCUCUUCCAGAUGUUCAAUGUUUCAGCAAGGUUAAGAA